AUGAGCUGUCCUCCAGGUCAACUCCCAAUUUACAUUUUUGACUUUAUUCGCACAGGUCAAAUACAAAGGAAUAAACGUACUGACAAAUUAUCAAAAACAAACUACAUAUUUGAAAAUGGUGAAACUUCUUGUAAGCAAAUGAAGGAGAAUAUGUUUGUUCGCCCAACCACAGUAAACCUCACAUUUUCAGUUCGGAAAGGAAAUACUUCUUCGGGACAUCAAUUUGUUAGAACUGCAGUAAAGCUUGGAGCAAUUGUUCCAAGACAAUACCUUGGAUGGCUCUAUAUGACAAAGGAAACCACAAAAAUGCUGUGUUAUCUUGUACUCUCAAACGAUGAACCUAAAAUAAAGCGAGACAGUUCUUCCGGGUGUCCAGUGUCAGUUGGUGCGGGACUCGUUAAUCAAUCAUGCAAUAAUUCUCCUAUUUUAGUUGAAAAUUAG